AUGGCAAUCAUUUCCAUCCAACAGUCCAGCAUUGGCUUACGAAGUUGUUAUUUUCGUUUAUCUGCUCAAACAUUGAUUACACGAACAAUUAGUUCAAAAGGUGCCAUUGAAAUUGAUGCAAAUAAACAUAUAUAUGCACAUCCAGACUAUACCAAUGAACUUUUCGAUUAUAAAACAUGUGGUAUAACAACAUUGUACGAAGUUAUUAAGCAUAGUGCGCAAGUUUAUGGUACUCGAGCAUUUCUCUCCUAUCGCAAUUCUUCCGAUCAAACAUUUCAAUCAUACACAUACAAUUUGCAUGAUCUACGAUUUAUUACGAAGCAUGCUAAACUUCAAUUGAUAUUUACCGAUAACAUGCAUCGUUUAAAAAAUCUGAUAGAGUGUCACGAAGAAACAUCUCCACUGAACACAAUUGUUAGUUUACAAAAGCCAACAGAUACAUUGCUUCGCAUGGCUCAAAUCAAAGGUCUUCGCAUCAUCACUUAUGAUGAAUUAGUUCGAAUAGGUCAAGCAUACCCGACAGAGCCGGAACCACCUAAACCGUCUGAUACAGCCGUGAUCAUGUACACCAGUGGAAGUACAGGUGAUCCAAAAGGUAAUUCAUACACUUACUUUGCUUGCCAUGAAAACAAAACACGAAGUUCUAUGAUUGCAUUACUUUGA